AAUUUAUCAUUAGUUUUAACGCGUACUGUACGUAUAUAAGCCGAGAAACAAGCAUUAUUUUAUUAGCAUACGUCGUCAAUAUGAGUGCGAAAUGGAGAAUUGGAAUUAUUUUACUGCCGGUGCUGGUUUUAGUACAGUGUCAAGUAAAAGAAUUAGAUUGGUGGGAAAAGACCGUUUUCUAUCAAAUUUACCCUAGGUCUUUCAAAGACAGUGACGGUGAUGGUAUUGGAGACCUGAAUGGAAUAACAGAUAGCUUAGAAUAUCUAAAGGAAUUGGGUGUUGGUGCGACAUGGCUAUCACCGAUUUUCAAAUCGCCAAUGUACGAUUUUGGAUACGACAUUUCUGAUUUUUAUGCUAUCCAAGAAGAAUAUGGUACAAUGGAAGACUUUGAGAGGCUUUUACAAAAAGCAAAAGAGUUGGAUAUUAAAAUUGUUCUUGAUUUCGUACCUAACCACGGCAGUAACGAAAGUGUUUGGUUUGAAGAAGCUCUCAAAGGACACGAAAAAUAUUACAAUUACUUUGUCUGGGAAGACGGAGUUGAAGAUGAAAACGGAAAAUUAAAUCCUCCCAACAACUGGGUCAGCGUAUUCCGAAAAAGUGCUUGGGAAUACAGAAAAGAGGUGGGUAAAUACUAUCUUCAUCAGUUUGUUAUCGGACAGCCUGAUUUAAAUUACCGCAAUCCAGAGGUGGUUGAAGAAAUGAAGAACGUUAUUCGCUUCUGGCUCGAUAAGGGUAUUGCUGGAUUCAGGGUGGAUGCGAUCGCUCAUUUAUUUGAAGUAGACAAAACACUGUUUGGAGGUAAAUAUCCUGAUGAGCCAUUGGCACAAAAUAGAGAGAUCGAUCCAGACAAUUAUGACUAUUUAGAUCACAUCUACACAAAAGACCACGAAGAAACAUUUGAAAUGGUUUACCAAUGGAGAGACGUUCUUGAUGAGUAUAAAGCAAAAGAUGGAUUCACUAGGGUUAUGAUGACUGAAGCUUACUCCAGUCCUCAGAUCACAAUGAAGUAUUUUGGUGAUGGUGUCCGUGCUGGAGCUCAAAUGCCAUUCAAUUUCGUACUCAUUUCCGAAGUUAGUGGUUCAUCUACUGCUGCAGAGCUUAAAUACGCUUUGGACAAAUUUUUGACCUUUAAGCCUGUGGACAAGUUGGCUAACUGGGUGGCUGGUAAUCACGACAACAACCGAGUAGCUUCUAGGUAUAGUGUUGAGCUAGUAGAUGGGCUUAAUAUGAUUGUUAUGCUUCUACCUGGUAUAGCUGUAACUUAUAUGGGCGAAGAAAUCGGAAUGGUUGACGGAUACGUAAGCUGGGAAGAUACGGUUGACCCCAGUGGAUGUAACACAGAUGAUCCUAUCAACUACUGGACUGUUUCUAGAGACCCUGAACGCACACCAUUUCAAUGGAACUCUGAGAAAAAUGCUGGAUUCUCUACUGGUGAUAAAACAUGGCUGCCAGUAGCGGAGGGCUAUGAAACCCUCAAUGUCGAAAUUCAAAAAUCGACUUCUCGCUCUCACUUGAACGUUUACAAGCAACUGACACGUCUGCGAAAUGAACCUGUUUUCCGGUAUGGUCGCUUCGAAUCAGUGGCACUUAACCCUGAUAUUUUCGCUUUCAAAAGAUGGCACGAUGGUGAAAUUUACGUGACAGUGAUCAAUUUGAAGAAUCGUGAUCAUACUAUUGACUUAACUUACUUCGAGCAUGUUGUUGGUCAUUUAGAAGUUGUCCUUACUGAUAUUCGUUCCAAGAAGGUUCCUGGAGAUUUGCUGGAAGCGAGCCAAGCGGAGAUCGUCGCCCACGAAUCUUUAGUGCUCAAAGUUGUACACACCCUACGGUAAUUGAAAGAAAUUUAACUCUUGAUUAAAUCUUCAAACAACUUA